UCCGCGCUCUCUCGGCCCGAUCAGAAGCCGAACCCCGAGCCGAGUCCAAGGCAAUCGGGAGUAUUUGAGAGGCCCCCUUUUGCUCUUGCCACGGCACGGUGUCCGAUAUCAGAGUGAGUCCACAUAGUUGCCGCGUAGCGUGGAGUGCUCCGCCCGGCCCCUGGGAAAUGGAGCGGCGCAACGGCGGCGGCGUCACGCUCGCGCAGCAGCUCGCGGCGUCCUCCAACCUCCGCGACCUUCUCAAGCUCCGCGAAGACGACGACGACGACGGCACGCGUCUCGCGGCGGCGGGGAGGCGGCGCACGCUCCUCGACGUCAUCCGCAGCGGCGCCGAAGACGAACGCGCCCCUACGGCUCCCUCCUCCUCCUCGCGCCGCCGCGCGUCCCCGGCGGCGGCACCGCCCACGCCGCCUGCGCCCGGGGAGGGGGAGAGGAGGGUGUCGCUGAUGGCGCUGCUGGAGCAGGCGGAGCAGCAGUGGACGGCGGCCACGGCCGGCGGCGGGGCGUGGACGCGCGUGGAGGAGGUGGCGGCGUCGGAGGAGGGGAGGAAAGGCGGCGGCGCGAGCAGCGUGGGGGGAAGGUGCUGCGUGUGUAUGGCGCGGGGGAAGAGCGCGGCCUUCAUCCCCUGCGGCCACACCUUCUGCCGCGCCUGCGCGCGCGAGCUCCGCGCCGGCCGCGGCCGGUGCCCGCUCUGCAACGCCGCCAUCCGCGAGGUCCUCAACCUCUUCUGACCGCGCAAUUUCUCCCUUCAAUUCAAGGACCCGGCCCCAACGUCUUCCGAAUCCAUUGGUGCUGAAUUGCUCGCUUUGCUUCGAAGCUGUAAGCCUGUAACCCACCCGUCCUGUCGCUUCCAGACUCCAGAGUUCCAGACAGCAUUUGGUGUAGAUAACUUUCGGUGUUCUUCUUCUUCCAUGUUCUUGGAACUGAAAAGAUUCAAUCAUUCAACACAGCAAAGCAAAUCAUCGUCUUGUUGAA